UGCUGUCUGGGCUGAAUCAAGGGCAGGGAGGCGGGGUUAAAGGAAACGCUGGUGCGUUUGAAUGAGGAAGAUCUGGGUCGUUUUAUAAACCAGCAGUGGAGCCGCUUCACGUCUUUCCUUCUCUGUAAACCUCCGUUUGUGUCUGACCGUCCUCCGUCUCUCUCAGGCCAUCGACAGCAUCCACGGGGUGGGCGUGUUCUGCUUGGCUCUGGUCCCGGCCAACACUCUGCCCAAGACCCCUCUGGGCGGCAUCCACCUGUCUGAGAUCAAGCAGCUGUACCUGGAGGGGGGGCUGCACCCCUGCAACGUCCUCAUGUGCCCCCACACCUGCGUCACCAACCUGCCCAAACCCCGGCAGAAACAACCAGAGAUCGGACCUGCCUCUGUGAUGGUGGGGAAUCUGGUGUCAGGGAAGAGGAUCGCUCAGGCCAGCGGCAGAGAUUUAGGACAAACGGACGACAACGACCAGUUCCUGUUCCUGUCGGAGGUUUUGCAGUGGAGGGCUCAGACCACACCGGACCACGUCCUCUACACUCUGCUCAGCUCCAGGGGGGCGGUGUCCAGCUCCCUCACCUGUCUGCAGCUCCACAAGAGGGCGGAGCGAGUGGCGGCUCUGCUGAUGGAGAGAGCCGGUCUGCAGGAGGGAGACCACGUGGCUCUGGUCUACCCACCAGGUAUUGACCUGAUUGCAGCCUUCUACGGCUCCCUGUACGCCGGCUGUGUUCCCAUCACGGUGCGACCGCCUCACCCUCAGAACAUCUCCACCACGCUGCCCACCGUCAAGAUGAUCGUGGAGGUCAGCCACUCGGCCUGUGUGAUGACCACGGCGAUCAUCUGUAAGCUGCUGCGCUCCAAAGAGGCCACGGCCACCGUGGACAUCAGGAACUGGCCGCCUGUCCUCGACACGGAUGACCUGCCAAAGAAGAAGCCUCCAGCUCUCUAUAAGCCCACCAACCCUGACGGUCUGGCCUAUCUGGACUUCAGCGUGUCCACGACCGGCAUGCUGGCCGGAGUCCAGAUAUCCCAUAAUGCCGUUGGAGCCUUCUGUCGGUCGGUGAAGCUGCAGUGUGAGUUGUACCCUUCCAGAGAAGUGGCCAUCUGUCUGGAUCCGUACUGCGGCCUCGGCUUCGUCCUCUGGUGUCUCUGCAGCGUGUAUUCCGGCCACCAGUCCAUCCUGAUCCCCCCGGUGGAGCUGGAGUCCAACCCGGCGCUGUGGCUGCUGGCCGUCAGCCAGCUGAAGGUGCGAGACACCUUCUGCUCCUACAGCGUCAUGGAGCUGUGCACCAAAGGACUCGGCCUGCAGACCGAGGCGCUCAAGGUCAGAGACUCGGUUCACGGGAUGCUUGUGACGUUUAUUCAGAAGAGUUUAACCGGAUCGUACAUGAAACACACCUUUCUUGUUGCUCCCGUCACGUUUUUCUCUCUGUGGUCUUGAUUUUAACUACAAAAUAAAAGUCCUGCUCCUCUAUGGAAACACAACCAUCAUGAAUAGAAGUAGAAAGAACUAGAACAUGUCACAGUUAUGAUGACAUCAAUCAUUAAAAAAGAUGAAGAACAAGUUGAAUUUAUUUGAUCAUUUCUUUUACAAAAAUUGGCAAACAAUAGUAUCUACAUGUGCAACAUGUCUACAAGUGUUACCAAUGUUGGAAAUAAAAAUGAAGGCUCCACAUAUUAUAAAUAUUAAACUAUUGACAUGU